AAACAAUAUAAAUCACUUACAAGUAGGAUCGCUGGAGUUGGUUAACUCUAUGGCUCACCGUGUUUUAUCCUACAAAGACCUCAUGAAGUCGGAAGCCUGGUGAGAACGUACGAGUACUACCCAUCACUCCAUGCGGCAUUAGCGGAGAAAAUGGCGGAUUGAAUGUAGAUUAUGUCUUCGAAAGCAAGGUCUGAUGGAGGUGAAUUGGAAAACCAGUUUAUUUUACGUGUGCCUCAGGUUUAUGCGUCAGCACUAAGUCUUGCAAUCCAGAAUGGCACGUUAAAAGAUAGGCUUUCGAUUGAGUUUCAAGCCGACUAUAGACAUGCAACAGUCAGAUUUGAUGGGACAGCUUUAUCAGCUAAGCUUGUGGAUCUGCCAAGCAUAAUAGAAUCUCACAAGACAGUGGACAGCAAAAGCUUCUACAAGACUGCAGACAUCUGCCAGAUGCUAGUUUGUUGUGAUGAUGACAGCUUAACAGAAGAUGAGAACAUUUCUCCCAAGAAGGAAUCCAAGAGAUUUAUUUGGAAUCAUGGAAUUACUGGUCCACUGAAGAAUGUCCGCAAGCGACGAUUUAGAAAAACAGCAAAGAAAAAGUUAGUGGAGUCCCCAGAAGUUGAAAAGGAAGUCAAACGUUUGCUAAGGACUGAUCUGAGUGCCUCUAAUGUCAGCUUUGAGGUCCUACAAGAUGAAGAGAAACCAGACGAAAGUGUUGUAUUAGAUGCUGAAUUACUCAACACAUCCAUGCCGUCACCUCUGUCUGGAACUCAAAUUGAAGAGCAGGAUGGUGGGAGUGAUGAUGAGGACAGGAAUGAACUGUUCGCCAUCCUUCAGGAGGCCAGUAGUGAUGAUGAGGAAGGAGAUGAAGAUGAUACUCAAGAAGAUGAUGGAGAUGACAAUGACAUAAAUAUUGAUGUGGAAAUGGAAGAGCAACCAUCCGCUGAAUUAAGAAUGAAUGAAAAAGAAUCUAAAGCUCAGUUACAUUCUGCAAGGGAAAAGCUAAAUGAGAUCAGAGCAGCUCGAAUAGAGCAGGAGACGCGAGUUAGAGAAGCCUCUAAUCUAUUCCUUAAGCAACGCUUUGAGAAAGGUCUCGAGGAAAUCAAAUCCCAGGAGACAGAGCAAGAACAGGAGAUUCGAAGACUGGAGGGUCAAAGUCACACCAAGCAAUGAAACCUGUAGAGGAAGUGGAGACAUUAUGUAUUUACUGCAGGCUGUGAUGCACGUUCAGUCCGUGAUGAUAAUCAGCAUUAGAGAGAAAGAUUGCAUCUGUGAUGGGGAGGCGAAGUGUAUCACCAAUGAGGGCAAGGGUGAUCCGUGAAUAGGACGGGUGGAAGGAGAACUAAAAGCGAGAACUGGAUGCACGGAACUCGUAGCAAGAAAACAUUCCAAACUUCCUGGAUUCUUCAAUAUAUAAACAAUUUUGCAAUAAGUAAGAAGAAACGAUGAAGUAACGACCAUGAAAGAUGAGCGACAAAGCUGAUAGGCGUGGAUGGUUAAGGCGCUUUUCUCAUACACUUUCUCAGUUGAAAUAUUUCGUGUACAAACUCGUCUCGUUACCUUGGUAACCGGGCUGACAUUUCUCUUAUGAACUGAAUACUAAACUCCUCCCGCUGACCAGGCUAGCCCGAUUACCGGGCUCAUCAGAAGAGGCCCUAAAAAAGCAAAAACAAGUGUUAAUUUCUGUGGGCUACAAAUGCUGACUCUUAACAAAAGGAGCUGUGUUUGAGCAGCCAAUAAAGUAUAAUCUUCUAAAAU